CAGUGAAUGCCAGUGAUCAUCGAUUAAUAUGGCUGCGCCCAUGAAGUUGAACUCAACAUAUGACUCAACUCUUGAGUCGAUAAAAAACAUGCAUUUAACUUUAGCUUGAUGAUAGUUUAAAUAACUUAAGUCAUGACUUCAUCAGGGUGAUAGAUGUGAGGGCAUGUCAGAGAUGAGAGAUCUGUUAUAUACGGCUCAACCCGAUAAUGUGCGUCAUAUACUGACCAACGCAACGCGCCACAAGAAGAAGUUCAAGACGGAGAGCGGGAUGAAUUUUAUUUUGAAUCUGAUCACUUAGCUUUAAAAACUAACAAGGAUUAUCAGACAAUGCUCAGAGCUAUUGUGCUUUUGGAAGCCCAGCGCAUUCAGGCCAUAAAGGACCACGAGACCCUGGUGCAGCGGAGGGACGAGGCGCUGGAGGAUCCCGUCGGCUUUGUGGCUAGGCUGCAGCGACGAGAAGAGCUCCACCUGCCGAGGCGACAGCGCGUGACGGAGCUGCCGCACAUAGCGUGGGAGAAGUACUCGAGUCCUCUCUCCGACGGCUUCAACGUCAGGUAUCACAUGACGAGGAGAGGCCGGCAGCCCGAAUCUACCGCUUCCACUCCAGUCGAUGAAAGCACAACGAAGCAGGAUGGAAGCCUGCAAGGCAUUGAGGAUGAGCGCGAUGCAAUGGGUCAUGUGGUACGUGGACGAGUAAUGAAGGAUAACAAGCCACAAACCUUCAAUCAACUCUGGACAACAGAAGAACAGCGCAGAUUAGAAGAACUACUGAUUACUUAUCCACCAGAGGAAGUAGAGGCAAGAAGGUGGCAAAAGAUAGCCAAAGCACUUGGCAACCGCACAUCGCAACAGGUGGCAAGUCGGGUUCAAAAGUACUUUAUAAAGUUGGCAAGAGCUGGCCUACCGAUCCCAGGAAGAACACCAAACCUUGCAUGUCAUGUUGUGAAAAGGUUUGGCAUGGGCGCGCGAUCUGCGAGAAGCGCGUACCCCUACUGCAACUCGACGUUCCUUGCGAGCUACUCGGCUCCCGUCUUCAUGCCGGACGAGGACGACUUGUCGAGCAUGGGCGACAGCGUCGAGGCGUGGGGUUCCCGCGGCGACAGCGACGACAACGCAGACGAGGAUCCGCCCCCGCCUGAAGACAUAGACGGGAUUGCAGCCGAUCAAAAAGAGACGGAGGAAUACAAGGAACUCCUGAGGCUGAAGUCACUGAGGCAAGAGAGGCUGCAGCAGUGCAGAGACAAUCUCGUGCAGCACAUUGGCUACAGGUGCGACAGCUGUAGUUCUGAACCAAUAACCGGCACCCGAUGGCAUUGCAUGGACUGUCCACCAGAUGUCUCCACUGACUUAUGCAGGGAAUGUUACACUGGUGAUGUGGAGUUGGACAUCCAUAGGUCUUCCCAUAGGAUGGCCCCAGUAAAGAAGUGUACAAGCAUGCAGGAUGGGGAUUACACUGGCUUUACUCAUGCCAGCUAUAACUACCUGGAUCCAAACUACAUGCCUGCCACGUAACAGCUUCUCAGGCAUCACACGGGCCAUCAUUAAACGGCAACGCAGCUGUGAAAUUGUUACCAUGAUUUUUGUUGGCAAAAUGUGUUCGCUUUUUGGUGGAAAAAUGUGUUCAGUAGGAGACAUUCUUUUGCAUAAAAAAUACUACCAAUGAGUUUUUAUUUAAGAUGUGGAAUAUAAUCGAGAGGGUGUGAUUCUCAUAAUUUGAUGUCAUUGCAUUUGUAUUUGCAUAUGCUGCUAUACUGUUUUAAGGGAAGGAAGAAGGAAGAUCUUUUGGGAAAUGUUUUAGAGAGAAAUUACUUCAUGGAAUAAAAUGAGUUAAUAAUUAUGUAAUAUAAAGGCAAAAAAUAGUAUCACAAAA